GGCCACCAGAUGGCGGAACUUCAGCUUUAUGUUUCAGUUCGUUCUCCCUCCCUGUGUUAAUUGUAUUAUUGGUUUUAAUUAUUCUAUCAUUGUUCCCACCUGUGUCUUGUUAUCCCCUCCUUUUCUGGUUUGAUUGUUCUUUGAGUUCACCUGUGUCUUGUUACCCUUGUCUAUUUGAGUUCUUUGUUUCCUGGCUUGGGUGCUGGUUCCUUGCAUUUCAUAUGUGUUUCUGCCUACUUGUGUGUGGUCUGCCUAUGUUUCCUGCCUGUGUUCAGCCUGUCUGUAUUGUGCCCUAGCUGUUUGUUCCUUGUGUCUUUAGUAUUUUAUUUUUGAGGAGUUUUCAGUUCACUUGUCUAGUUUUUUUUUCUGUUUUAAGAAUUUGAGUUUUCUUCUUUUCAAAAAUUCUAUUGUGCAUUGUAGCUGAAGUCCUGGACUCCAUGAAGCAACCUUAGAUUAAAAACGCAUGGCAUACGCCACUCUUACGAAUUUGUGCCUGGAAUGAACUUCGACUUGAACGUCGGUAGACGAGUGCUUUCAAAAAUGAGGAAUAGAUGCCCCGAGUUUCAAGCUUGUCGCCUUCUUAGGCUGCUGCCAUUUGCUGACUCACUGCUGUGUCAUAGAUUCAGAGUAUUGUAUGGUCUGUGUGGGUGUGUCAUACUGCUACUAUUUUUGCUCAUUGGAGCAUCUGGAAGGUUUUUUGAAAGUGCUGUGAGAGAAUUCCGUUCACCUCCAGGUACAAAGCUACAAACCGAAUACAAUGUAGACAGCUCCCUAGAUCUCCGGUCCCGAACUGAUGUGACUACUUGCACUGACUGGGGAGCACCCAUUAUGUGGGAUGGGAUGUUUGAUCCUAACAUCUACGAUGAGCAUCACAAAAAAAUGGGCAGCACUGUUGCACUGACCGUAUUCGCCAUUGGGAGAUACCUGGAAUUGUACCUGAUGGAAUUCCUGACCUCGGCAGAUCGUCACUUCAUGGUGGGUUUACCGGUGACGUACUACGUGUUCACCGAUGCCCCUGAGAACGUGCCGGGGCUCAACCUGCUGGCAGGGAGGACCCUGGAGAUUAUACCGGUCAAGCGGCACGAGCGCUGGCAGGACAUCUCCAUGAUGCGCAUGAAGACCAUUGCGGACGCUAUCCAGACACGCAUCCGGCACCGGCACCGGUACAUCUUCUGCCUGGACGUGGACCAGGUCUUCGUGGGUCGCUUCGGCUCGGAGGCCCUUGGGGAAUCGGUGGCGCUUAUGCACUCUUCCUUCUACAACACCCCCCAGGAAAGGUACACCUAUGACCACAACCCGAACUCCACGGCCUACAUGGAGAAGGGGGACUUCUACUACCACGCGGCUGUCUUUGGGGGCACGUGGCAGAGUGUGGCGAACCUGACAGAGAGCUGUCACCAGGGCAUAAUGGCAGACAAGAGGAACCAGGUGGAGGCUCUGUGGCACGAUGAGAGCCACCUUAACAAGUACUUUUGGCUCCACAAGCCCAGCAAAGUGCUCUCCCCAGAGUAUUGCUGGAACUUACUGAAUGGCUUCAGCAAAGAAAUACACGUUCAGCGCCUGCGCUGGGGAGAGAAACACGACGACAGGAGGACCUAGGGGUAGGAUGGACCAAAAAAAAAGCAUUACUUGCACUCUUGCAUUACUUGCGAUACAACAAAUGCACACUUGCACAUUUACAACAUAUCGCAUUUAUCAGAUUGAGAACUUUGCAAUUUAAAAAAAAAUCAGUUUAAAAAAAGAUUUCAGUAAUCAGCACAAAACCAAAACCUGAUUUGUACACAACUGUAAACAGCACAGUAACAUCCUCCAUGGACCUAAUAGAAAAUAAGAUUCUCCACAAUCAACCUUUACAGCUGUUAAUGUCACUGUUGGUAUGAUUUCAAAAGGGUUACUAUUAGGCAUGAAUCUAUUGCAGAUAACUGUUGUUGACUUUCAACAGGUAGAAAGCUUAAACUUUCUAUGGGAAAGACCUUAGAAAACCACUCCAUUUUAGCUUGCAGCACUAUAACUUUAGCCAGCAGGCUAGUAGUGAUAAUAAAUUAUGUGAAUGAGUAGGUCUACACAAUCAUGUCAUUGUACCCAGUAAGGGGUCAACACAUCACAAUCCCAAUGGUGCAGGGGACAAAGACAUGUACUUACACCGGUAUUUUGGAUAUUAAAGCCCAUUUACUAUAAAUUUUCAGCAAAUAGUCAUGUCAGGGUUAAGAAGACAUGGAAGUUUGAAUUUAAUUUGUAAAACAGUUUUUUCUCCAUGGAAUACCUUCUGGCAGAAAAACAUUCUGCUUUCAGGAAAUGUGUUACUAACAGUAAAACUCAACAUAACUUCAGAGAAUGUCAUUAAUUGAUUAGCCAUCCAUGCUUUAAAAUUCAUUAUUAUGCAACGAUGAAGUAACUUUGACAAAAAAUUAUUUGGACGUCAUUUCCGGAAUGAUGGAUUCUCAAGCAACUUUUAAAGUUUCGGCAAGUUGAUAUUCACACCGUUCGGAAAUGAAUGAAAACAAAUGGCUGCCUGAAAGGUAAACAAAUUGUUGGGGAAAAACUAGCUAAUUCAAAAAUCUAAAGCUGUUGUAUGUCUUGUGGCAAUGUAAAGUAUGCCUACACAAAAUUUGUACUAAAUGGGCUUUUUAUGUCCAAAAUACCGGUAGAACGGUUAAACAGGAAGCAUCUGGCUGGAAAGCACAGCUUAAUGUUUCCAUGUCUAGUUCCCUCCCCUAUAAAGAGGUCAGUACUGCUGGACUAUCACUAACGGAAAUACACAUUUUAGUGUGCUAGUGUCCAUUUGUAAUGCCAGGAGAGGAAUGAAAUUCAAAUUCUGUUCAUUUCAUGUUACCACUCCCACACCUACUUUGUGCUUGUUACUAUCAAGGUUAUGUCUUCCAAGAGUGGCUAGUACUUACUGUUAAUAUGCUACCGUACCAAAGAGAUUUAAAAAAAAAAAAAAAUAUCAGGCCAAUAUCAUCCAGAUACACUCUUGUGUAUUCUAAAUUUACAUGGAUAUGACACGUCUAAUUAUAUGAAUAAAUACUUAACACAAGGCCACUUUUUUCUUCUGGCACUUUAGGGUGUCUUAUCAGCAAUGAUCUCUUCCAUGCCAAAUGCAAUAGGAGAAGCUUGUCAUAUGAGGCUAGAGAUACUUGUUUUGCAAGAGGUUACGCAGAUGUCACGAUAACCGCUUUAAUAAUCUUUGUUUCCUGGAAAGAAAGAAAAAAGUGUGGAAUGAAGAGAUUCGGCAUUCUAUUAAUAUUUAAUGUAUUUUAUUCUUGUAGAGUAUUUAAACAGAAUUUCACCUUCUGUCCUGUGGAUUUUAGGUGCUGUAUCCAGGUUAUUCAAUUACUCCUGGGAUAUUUUUAUACUUUUUAGUAUACAAGUUUUAACCUUUUACCUUUUGUGUCUAGUCUGCUCUCUGUGUAGCUAGCUUACUAAGCUCAGGAAGCAAAGGCCUGUCUAUCUAAUACAUCUUGUAGGCUAUAUUUGUCCACCUACAGAACUGACCUCUGGCCUUCAUCACUGAAAACCUUAAAGGUACUGCAUGGCCAUCUUGAUCUAAUCAAAACUUGAUGCAGAUUGUACAGUACAAUUGAGAAAUAGGCUGCAUGUGUUGUGUAUGCUAAAUGUAUAGUAAGUACCUAGAGAGACAUUUGUUUUAUCAGGUGAUUACCACUUAAAAUGUUCUUGUGUAAUAAAUCUGACAUGCACUGGGGAAUGUAAUACUGACAAAAAUUGGAGAAUAAAGAGAUUUAGAAUUAAA